UCCCAGCUUCCCCUGCACUUCCUGCUUGUAGCUGCUGUGUUAUGAAGAGCCAUCAAAUCAACAGAAUGGAAUCGAAGUCUACCUAAAUAUCGUGAAACACGAUUAAUGACAGCGUCCUAAUUUGUUUCAAGAGAGUUAAUGAAACAAUUAAUGUAAAUGUCAGUUACUCGAACUUAAAGACUUGUGGGGACAACAUCAACAAUGCAGUUCUCUCCCACAAACGGAGAUUUUACCUUCGUCUCAUCGACUGAAGGCGAGGAGCUGAGCGGUACCAUUGAUGCUCCAGAUAUCAAACUGAACAUUGGCAGUGACAGUGCAAAAGACCCCUAUGCAACUACGUUCCUGAGGCAACGAGGUUAUGGCUGGUUACUGGAAGUAGAAGAGGAUGAAACAGAAGACAAUAAGCCUCUUUUGGAGGAGCUGGACAUCGAUCUGAAAGACAUCUACUACAAGGUCCGAUGUGUGCUGAUGCCAAUGCCCUCUCUGGGCUUCAACCGGCAGGUUGUGCGGGACAACCCUGACUUCUGGGGUCCAUUGGCUGUGGUUCUCCUGUUCUCUAUGAUCUCCAUCUAUGGCCAGUUCAGGGUUGUGUCAUGGAUUAUUACCAUCUGGAUAUUUGGAUCUUUAACAAUCUUUUUGCUUGCCCGUGUGCUUGGUGGCGAGGUGUCUUAUGGACAAGUCCUUGGAGUGAUUGGAUACUCCCUUCUCCCGCUCAUUGUAAUAGCCCCAUUGCUUUUGGUCAUUGGGACGUUCGACAUUUUUUCUACACUAAUAAAGCUUUGUGGUGUAUUCUGGGCUGCCUACAGUGCUGCUUCACUCCUUGUUGGGGAUGAAUUCAAAACCAAGAAGCCACUUCUCAUAUACCCCAUUUUUCUUUUGUAUAUCUACUUCCUGUCGCUAUAUACCGGAGUCUGAUUGGACACAUGGCCAUUUACUAACUUUUGUUUGGAUACUUACACAAAGCACCGUGAAAAGACACAAAAUAAUUCAUUCCAUGAUGAAAAUAAGAAGUUUUGGAAAUGUUUCCAAAUGUCUUUUUAUUUUCCCUUCUCUUUAACCCUGUUUACAAUCCUACAUUAGAUAAUGGGGACAUGAGGUGUAAGUUACAUCAGUGUAUUGAUGUAAUUGUGUACUGAAUAAAAUGCACUCGAUUUUAGGAAUGCUUUGCAUUUAGAUUAUAUUCUAUUCAACAGUAGAACUCAUGCCUUCAUUAUUAGCAUAACAAUAAAACAUAGUAAGUAAUAAGAGAAAGGUCUCACUUGGUUAUUGAGUUAGCCUGAUAAUGUUCAAUUGAAGAAUGUUGUGCCAAAUAUCAAAUGUUCAGAAGUUGAAUUUGGAGUAAAAAAUGGAGACACCAAUAUUGUUUGAAAUGUGUUUAUUUUGUAAGUGGAAGGUUUUGGCAUUAUGUAAUAUGUAAUGUAUUGCUAUGAAGAGUUGGCCAUCCAAGCCUUUUUAUAUAAACUUUUAUUUCUUAAGUUAUGAGUUACAUUCUGGGUGAGGGGAUAGAUGGGCAGUUUGCGUGAAAUAAAAUGUUUACUAAAUUUUGUGCGUUUGAUUAGUUUACACUAGUGGAAAUAUUUUACCAAUCUGACCUGUCAGGUGCUGGUAUUGUAUUUUUUGUGUAUUCACUACUGUAUAUAACUUUGUAUUGUUUCAUAGUGGCAGAGCAUAUACAUUUGUGAAAAAUAAGUAUGAUACAAAGCAAAACUCAUUGGGAGGUGGUGAAACCCAACUAAAAAAAAGGAUGCAUGAUAGUUUGCGUUCCAAAUCUUUAGUUGCAAGAGUUUCCAUGUACAUGGAUGUCGAAACUAAUAUAACUGGAUGAUCCAGAAUAAUAAAUAUGGAAAAUACA